AUGUCAGAUAUUCAACUGGUAUUCCGAAAUCUUAUUCACCUGUGGUACCAUGUCUAUACAUUUUCCAUUCAGUUAGCACCAGUGUCCCCAUCUCUCAUAAAAUUUGCUGUCAGUCUUCUGGAAAUGUUCCGUGCAGAACCAGCCCUCCUCAACGACAGAGGUGUUCUUAUCAUUCGGCAACUGUGUCUUCUGAUGGAACCAGCACAUAUCUAUCGUGCUCUUUGUGUACUACUUUUGAGAGAACAAAGCAUCACUUUCAUACAGAAUGCUGUCUCAAUGCUGCAUGGAGUUCUACUGACUGCUACAGAGUUGUUUAUUCUGCGGGAUCAACUACGGAAGCUGGAAGGAAAGGUGGAUAUGACGUUGGAUGUACUCGUGGAAAUUGACAAACUGGUUAAUAUGAUAGAGAGCCCUGUGCUAGCGUAUGUUCGUAUGGAUCUACUGUCGGCAUCCCACCAGCGCUCAUUGUCUACCGUGCUCUCGGCUCUGUUGAUGUUAAUGCCGCAAUCCGAUGCUUUUCAUACCUUGCACAAACGUUUACAAGCUGUUCCUGCUCUCACUAUCAUUGGCCUUUACUAA